CUCUUUGUCUGUUUGUUCAUUUUUAAACAGAUGCCAGCAGUGUAGUUCUACUGUAAGAUACAUUUAUUAGUCUCCUGAGGUUGAGAAAGUUCCAAAAGCUCAAAGCCACAGUCCAGCAGAUGAGUCCACGCUAAAUAGUGUAGCCACCUUUAAAUUCUUCCAGUAUCAUCACCCUUGUGCAAAUUUCAGCACAUUGAUAAUUAAUGCCAAUCCAUCCAACAAAACAUGAAGACUAGAACCAAAGGAAAGAAACAAAGGCAAACUGUUGACAAAGAAGCAUUUUCCGAAGAGCCAGCAAUGAGAAAAAAGGAACUGGUGAAAAGUUUGCGACGCAAAGAAAGGAAGAAUGGGGGAAACAAGGAGAGCAGCAAGAUCCCCACAGGCAGAGGCAAGUGUCCUUGGAGCAGUAAGGACAGGCUCUUGCGGAGACUGGAGAGCAACGAGCGCGAGAGGCAGAGAAUGCACAAGCUCAACAACGCCUUCCAGGCCUUGCGCGAGGUGAUCCCGCACGUCCGGGCCGAGAACAAACUUUCCAAAAUAGAGACUCUCACACUGGCCAAAAAUUACAUUAAAUCCUUGACCUCCAUUAUACUCAAUAUGUCCAACGGACACAUUCCAGCAGUAGAAGGGAUGGGAGGAGCCCGGGGAUCCAAAUUGUACCAGCAUUGUCAACAGCAGCAUGGGGAGGAUGACCAUGAGGAAUAUCUACAGAAAUAUUCCACAUAGAUUCAUAACUUCAGCCAAAACACCAACUGCCAGCUACUACUGUCACUGUUUUUCCUUCUUACAUUGUAAUACAUGCCAAUACCUAGAGCUUUAAAGAGACUAUUUUUACCUCCAGUCUCUUCUUUUUUUUUCUUAAAAAGACAAAUGGGUAACACUCAUGGCUAUAGUUUAUAUAGCACAUUAGACGACCACCUUAAAUGCUCAGAAUUUUUCAGAGCAUAAUGGAUGUGUUUGUGUGGUGUGCCAGGGUCUGGAAACCUAUCCUGUAACACUGGAGUUGACUUGAAAUUAGUGAUUUUGUAACUUCUGAAAAUUAUGCUACCUGGACUAGAGUGAAUUGAGCCUUUAAAGUCUGUGUCACCUGAGUUCCUUGGAGUUUUUUGAGAAUCUUGGCUGUAGCUCUGUUCACCAGCCUUUCAAUGACUCAUCUACCAUGCUAAAGAGAAGAUUAAAAUUGAUGACAGCAUUUCACUGACCUGGUGGCUGAAGUGGCACAUAUGGGAAAUUGGUCACCAAAUCUCAAUAUUUAUCUUGAUAUUUAACUUCUGUGGUUCUGCCCUGGUAAUUUUGAACCUUGCAAGGCGUAAAAACAUCUGUUGAUGCAAACAUCUGCAAAGCUUUCUUAGAUUGUAAGCUCUUUAGAGUAAGGACAGUUCUGAUCUGUGUUUCCAGAGCAUCUGGCCUCAUGGAGAUUUUCUUUAGUGAGUAUCUGGGUGCCAUUGUAAUACAAAUAAUAAAUAAGGGACAAAUUACUUAUUUUUGCCAAGACAAUUAUAGAAAUGCUUUAGUAUUUAGUAUUAGUAUACAAU